AUGGCACCAUCCCACUUUGUUCCUCCUCGCCUCAUCUUUCACACUAUCGCAAUAGCAGGGCUACCGAAGCUUCUACUGGCACCGAAAAAAAAGCAAGAAUACCACGAACCCAUAAGCCCACUAUUGAACUGCAGAGAUGUCGGCGGAGGAUCGCGAAAUGAUGGAAAGGAUCAGCCGCUUGGCUGGCCAGAUCAAUCGCCACAAGCAUCAACAAGCAGGCGUUCUUCCCUCCCAUUCUGUCGCACCGCAUCACCACGCAGGUUAUGGCGGGAAAUGGCGCCGUGGAGGAGUUACUCACCGCGGAGGCUACCACAGGGGGCGAUUGCCCGUUUACCGCAACAGAUCGCUUGUCUUGAAUGGCACCUCGCACCAAACCCAGUCCGGAGACGUCGACCCUGGAACAACUUCUGAUGGAUCCAGCAUGUCCUGGGUGACCAAAAACGUGCGACAUCUGCAGUUGAUCAACAAAAAUGCUUACAAAAUGGACACCGAGUCACGAACUACCGCCACAGAGCAGACGCGGCGCCAUAAGCUUGCUCUCAAAGACAGGCAAGAGCGCGCUAAACUUAUCAGUCAUCUUACUCGUAUGGUAAACAGCGGAGGGUUGGGAACAGCUAAUCAGCAGGCCACGGCGGACAAGUACGAGAUUGCCGUGCAAGGAGUGCGGUUCACCAUUACCAAGAACGGCAGUAAACUUAUCAAGGUUCCCGGUGAUGGAAAUUCAGCGAAGGCGACGCCCAAAGUGGCCGUCAUCGGAGGCGUCAAAUUCUAUCGCAGCAAGAACGGCAAUCUAUAUCGGCAUGGCAUCGUGAAAGCCCAGCGGUAUGUUCCCCGUGUUCGAAAGGUUGGGCAACUGACUCCAGCGUUCUCCGGCAGGCAAUCCAGCGCCGUUAAGAAGGUCAACGUGCCUUGCAAACAGUUUUCGAUGACGGGUUCCUGCACCCAAGGGCCGCGGUGCCGCUACGUCCACGAUCCGCACAGGGUUGCCAUCUGCAAGGACUUUUUACAACAGGGUGACUGCCUCAACGGCGACAAUUGCGAUCUCUCGCAUGAACCUACCCCCGAACGCACCCCGACAUGUUUGCAUUUUGCCCGGGAUAGUUGCACCAAGCCUGACUGCAAGUAUGCUCACGUGAAAGUGCCACCAGCAGCUCCAGUAUGCCGCGAUUUCGGCUUCUACGGGUACUGCGACAAAGGGGCCAGCUGCCCGGACCGUCACGCCUUCGAGUGCCCUGACUUCAGCAAUACGGGGGUCUGUAAAAACAAGGGGUGUAAGCUGCCGCAUCGGGAGAGGGCAAGCGUCCUCCGGAAAGUGGCUGGUGGACGUGAUCUCUCGAACCCGGAAGAUGAGGAGAUGGCAGAUCUCUCCAGCGACGAAGAUGGGGAGUCGAUUGACGAUGACGAUAUUGACUCGGAUGAGGUGGAUGAGUUCAUCGGCCAAGACGAAGAUGGGGGUCUUGAUUUGGCGCAGCAGAGGGACUUCAUCGAGCUAUGAUGCUGCUCCUCUGUGUCCGCCAUAUCGCCCCGUGAUGUCUUGCCGAUCAUGAAUCUCUUCGUUGCAUUGCCUGCUAGCAUCGGUUACGAUACCCCUCUACUUUUUUUCUUCUUUCCAUUGGGCAAGAACGGAUUGGCCAGAGUUGGUGGCAUGGGAAUACUGGUGACGCACCGGCCGCCAACGUGAUCUCGCGAUGCGUUUCUGUUCUGUUGGAUCACUGCACAUAUGAGUCUAGAUAGCCUCUAGAAGAACGAGGGGGAAAACAAGAACAUGUACUGUCAUGAGCUAUGAGUUCGUUUCCUGCUGCCAGUGUGUUGAUG